CCUAACCCGUGUAAGUAGUGUCGAUACCGGAAAAGCUCAUAUGCGCAUGCGUACCUUUAAUAGCAAUCGAACAAGCACGAGUUGAUCGGGUUGUAAACAAAUAUGGCUGCGCCCAGGGAAUUAUUUGCGUUAUUAGAAUUUCUAAGGCAGUACUUUGUUGAAUCUGGACAAAAAGAACUGGUUAUUCAAAGAAAUCGGACGCUAACAAUGCUACAUGCCUGUAUAUCUGUUUAUCUUUGUUCUCCAAGGGAUGCCGUGCCUAAGGUGGAUUUUUUUGCAGAGGAUAUUGUUCCAGCUAUGUCUGCAUUUGACUUUAAAAGCCAUUUUAGAAUUGAAAGAAUGACUUAUGAGAUUAUUUUGGAAAGGAUCCGUCCACAUCUGGUCUUUAAUCACAUUGGAGGAAAGGCUCCAGUAACCCCAGAAAAACAGCUUUUGUUAUUUCUGUGGUACAUGGCCAAUCAGGAAUCAAUGAGAGAAUUGUGUGUGCUGUUCAAGGUUUCAAUAUCUACCGUCCAUGCAAUAAUAACUAGAGUCAGCAAAAUUAUCUACAGGGUGCUUAAAACGGUUAUACAAUGGCCUGACGAGAACAGACAAGUGGAAAUCGAAAGAGAAUUCCAACUUCAAAGUGGAAUACCACAUAUUGUUGGCAUCAUUGAUGGUACCCACAUUCAGCUUUCACAUGUUCCAAAUGGGGAUCAGGAUUAUGUCAAUAGAAAGUCAUAUCCUUCAGUUCAGUUGCAGUUGGUUGUUGAUCAUGAAAUGCUCAUCACAAGUGCUCAAACCGGUUGGCCAGGAUGCACGCACGAUGCAAGGGUACUACGUAAUUCAGGUAUCUAUGACAAAGCAAAUGCUGGCAACCUUGUAAAUCCUGAGAGGCAUAUAAUUGGAGAUUCUGCAUAUCCUUUACGCACAUGGCUGGUGACACCUUACCGAGACAAUGGUCAUUUAACUGGCAGACAGAAAAGAUUCAAUCGAAUGCUCUCCUCCUGUAGACAAAAUGUGGAAAGAGCCAUUGGUCAUUUAAAAGGACGUUUUCGCCGAUUACGAGAAAUAUCAUUAUAUACCAUGGAAGGUGUUUGUUACUUUAUAAUGGCUGCCUGCGCACUUCAUAAUCUUUGUAUCAUAAAUCAUGAUGACAUUGAUCAGUUUCUAGACAAUGCGAACGAUUUGAAUGGAAACCCCAAUCGGUAUCCUAAUGUUUUCAGAAAUGCAAUUGGAGGUGAUGCUAAACGACAAAGACUUCUUCAGUUGAUACCUUAAACGUAAUUAGUGUUUGACGGAAGUCACUCUUGUGCAAUUAAUUUGAAAAGUGCUCCCACUGAACAGUAACCUAUUCUUCAAGACUACUGUAGAAUAAAUGCAGAGGAUGGAAACAGUUGAAUGUUCCAUCUUGUAUAACUUUCACUUGUUAUAUGAAUUUGUUUUAUAUUAAUUCUCAACUUAAAGGUUCUACUCAUUAAAUUUCCUGAAGUUUAUUA